CCGGCACGAACAAAAGGAUUCCCGGGAAAAGCGGGAUCUCGCCCAUUCCUGAACCCCGGACUUCAGUGUCAGGAGGCUGAGUUCAUGGUGGAGCCCAGCAGUAAGCAGGAGGCGCUGAGGUUGUGGGAGGUGGAACAGGCCGAGCUCCAGGCCAGGAUCCGGCAGCAGCAGCGCGAGAUGGUGGAGGACAGCAAGUGGCUGGAGCAGGAGGAGAGGCUGCUGGCUCCGACCGAGAGCUCCAAUUUACGGGAUGACACUGACAAGGAUCCAGACUGCACGGAGUUCACAGUCCCCCCCGAAAAACCACGGAGGAAAAACCCACCACUGAUCCAGACGGCGGCCACAGCUAACCUGGACAGGACGGACGAUGAGGUUUACCCUAAUGUGAUGGAGUUGGUCAGGGCUGUGCUGGAGCUCAAAUCCCACAUCUUCCAGCUACCGCCAGAGCAGUACACUGUCCUGGUCAAGACGGUGGGGUUGGUUCUACGGAAACUGAUUGGCAGUGUGGACACCCUCCUCCCCCGGCUUCCCCCCUCCUCCCGCACAGAGAUCCAGGGCACAGUGAAGCUGUUGAACAAGGACUUGUCAGAGCUCAUUAACAAACUGCGACUGACGCAGCAGAACGUUGUCACGUCUCUCAGUGAUGAGUGUAAGCGGCUGAUGCUGGCGGCUGCUCACACACUGGCCGUGGAUUCCAAAAACCUGCUGGACGCUGUAGAUCAGGCCCGACUGAAAGCUGGAGAGGCCAGGACCCUGCCCGACUGAGCAGCCCCCACCAGGAGACACCCCAGGAGACCCCCGAGAGGCUAGGCCAUUGCCUGACUAAACCCCUCCGGGAAGCCAACUUGAAUGCCCCCCCCCCCGAGGCUAGCUGUGAGAUCGGGGUCAAUGGGGAGAGUGGGGAGAGGUAUAUGGGAAUUUUUAAAAACUUUAUUAAAAGACCUCAUGUGACCAAA